AUGACCCAAUUCAAACGAAGAUUACUCAAAAACCAUUUUCUAAUUAGUUUUGUUUCAUUUGGUGCCAAUUUUGAGGAUUUUAUAGAACCAGUAAUUAAAGAUAUAAAACAAUUAGAAAAUAGUCUUAUAAUGCAUACUUUAUAUAGUGAUGCUUGGGUUAUAGGUGGUAUUGGGUGUAUUACUGCUAAUUUACCACAAGGUAAUUGCUUUGCAAGUGUAAAACAACAUGGGGUGCUCCAUGGUUGUAGAACAUGCAAUGUUUCGAAGAUUAAAAAUCAACCAACUAAAGUUGGUAAAAAUCAAUUGGCUACUGUGUAUGGUCUCAUAAUGACUCCUGGAUUUCUUGGUGAUAUCUAUCACUCAAUGGCUGCUAAGGCCCAUACUUUAUUGGAUGCAAUGUUUAAUGCACUUAAUGUAGCUGUGGCAAAAUCUCUUAAACCUGCCUUUAUGACUCCAAUAACUAAUAAUAUUUAUCAAGAGUUACAACAAUCAUUAAGAAAAGA